UGCAGUUGCUCUGUCAGCGUGACUGGGUCUCAGCUGACUAAUCAUGUGAUUUCUGGUUCCUGUAAUGACGGGGAAGAGUUAGUUCCCUUUAUAAAGCCGCCGAAUUCCCGGCCGGAUCGGCAUUAUUUCAGCGCUUCGAUGGCGUGGUCCAAGUAUCAGUUGUGCCUGGCAGCGACGAUGCUCGUCACUGGCUCCAUUAACACACUGUCUGCCAAGUGGGCAGAUGACUUCAGUGCUGCGGGUUGCCAUGGAUCAGCGGUUCACAAGUUCAAUCAUCCUUUCCUUCAGGCAGUGGGAAUGUUCCUUGGGGAAGUCUGCUGUCUGGCUGCUUUCCACAUAGUUUUGUGCUAUGAUCGACAAAAACCAGAACCACAAAUGGCUUCUGCCAGGAACUUCAACUCUUUCAUUUUCCUUCCCCCUGCUGUGUGUGACAUGCUGGCCACUAGCAUUAUGUACAUUGCUUUGAACUUGACCAGUGCCUCCAGCUUCCAGAUGCUUCGAGGAGCUGUGAUUAUCUUCACUGGACUGCUCUCUGUUGCCUUCUUGGGCCGCAAGUUAAUAGUCAGCCAGUGGGUAGGAAUUUUCUUCACCAUCUGUGGACUUGUCGUUGUUGGUUUGGCGGACUUUGUCAGUAAAAAGAGUGACCAAGAACAGCACCUAUCUCGGGUGAUAACAGGAGACCUCCUUAUUGUCAUGGCACAAAUAAUUGUUGCUAUUCAGAUGGUGCUAGAGGAAAAAUUUGUUUCUAAACAUGAUGUCCACCCACUUCGAGCGGUGGGCACAGAAGGUAUUUUUGGAUUCAUCAUCCUAACUUUGCUGUUGAUUCCAAUGUACUACAUCCCAGUGGGGGAAUUUGGUGGCAACCCAAGAGGUGUUCUUGAAGAUGCACUUGAUGCUUUCUGCCAAAUUGCAAAGAAGCCAUUAAUUGUUAUGGCCCUCUUGGGAAAUAUUUUGAGCAUUUCAUUCUUCAAUUUUGCUGGCAUUAGCGUGACAAAAGAAAUCAGUGCAACCACGCGAAUGGUUCUGGACAGUCUAAGAACCGUAAUAAUCUGGAUAGUGAGCCUUGCAGUGGGUUGGGAACAAUUCCAUUGGCUCCAAAUCCUGGGCUUCACAAUCCUACUGACAGGUGCAUUCCUCUACAAUGGGUUCCAUAAACCAAUCCUCGAAAGGCUUCCUUGGUACCAGAGCCCUGGGGUGGAAAAUCCUGAAAGGGACGAAUUAUUGAUUGACAAAGACUCCAUAAACUACAGUUCAUGAAAAUUAAAUGGAUUAAAGUUUAGGAUAAUGUCUUUCUUGCAUACAAUGACCAAAGGAGGUUUUGUCUUUAACAAUUGGUGGUUUUAGAAUUACGUUAGAGGGGUGGAAUAAAACAGACACUCGAAUGGCUGAUUAUGGAGUAUAGUUUUCUGGAUCACAAUAUUUAUAUGUGUGUUUGGGAAAGAUGCAUUAAGAGACCUGGAUUGUUUUAGAACUCCAAGCAAGGCAGCUGAAGUAACAUCUGUUUGAAACAUCUGGCUUGGUUGGCUGAAUGUUCCAGCUAUGUUUUAUCUUCCGCAACUUGAGGUAAUAGUCAGUAAACCUAAGUGCUCCCCUUCAAGGUGCACCCGGUGAAACCCUUGAUCUGUCCUUUGCAGGCCAUUAUUGGACCCCACCUCGAGAGCAAAUGAAUUUGGCAGUUUGACCCUUCUUUACCCAGCUUUGCAGUACCUGAAUCUACUGGGUGUGCAGAUCUUGGAAGGGGCCAUUGGAAGCUCAAGCACUUUAAUGAAAACCUGAUGCUAUGACUAUCUGUAACCUUCAUUAUCUGUCUACUAUGUAUAACUGUUUUCCACUAACAUUUAUCUCAUGUUUAUGGACAAAGUAUUGCCAGAAUUGCUGUUGUAUUGAUUUUUUUAAAUGGUUACCAGUGCUAACUGAUAUUUGCAAUUUAAAUUGACUUUACAUUUUCAUUGAAUUGUUUUACUUAUCAAUGGGAAUAAUUUAAAUGGACUUGCCUAUAAUUGUAAAGAGAUUGGUGCUUUCAUGUGAAAUAUUUUGCAGCAGAAUGUUAAAAGUGACCUUUUUAAGCCUAUAAAAAAAUACAACUUCACUGCAGCAGGUUGCUAUUUCUACAUUAUUGUGGCUAUAAUUAAGAUUGCGCUCUCUGCUGCUUGAUUUUUGACCACUAAAAUGUGAUUGGUUAUUA